AUGUAUAAAAGGGACACUGGGAACCAGGUUGAUGCUGACUCAUAUCACCUCAUCCUUCUUUUGGAAUUCGAAAGUGACGUAAUUACUAAACAUGGUAACGUUGCUCUGGCUGGAUUCGGAUGGGACAUUAGCAAAAAGCUUCAUCCCUGCAGGAUCUGUCUGAAAUCUGUUGCUUCAAACCAUCGAGCAAUUAUGUGUGAUGUGUGCGGUUUCUGGGUGCAUAUUAAAUGUAAUGGGCUUAAUGCCACUGAUUAUGAAAUGUUACAAAACUCCAACGAUAAUUGGUUCUGUCUUAAAUGUAUAAAUGAUUCACUUCCUUUUAAUGACAAAUCUACCCCUCUUGUUUUCAACUCUGCUUUAUCUUCCACUGAGAAAAGAAAAUUCCUAUCCAAUCUUAAUACUCUUAACAACAGUCCUUCUGAAAAUGAUAACACCAAUUGUAAAUACUAUGACUCUGUUGAAUUUGUCUCUCAAAACUUUAAUUCUUCCUACUUUUCCUUGUUCCAUCUAAACAUAUCUUCCUUAUCUAAACAUUUUAAUGAUUUAACCUAUCUCCUCUCUGACCUUAAUUUUAAUUUCAGUGCUAUUGGUAUAACAGAAACGGGUUUUCAAAGUAAAUCUCCUUCUCUGAACUGUAAUCUAAAUGGAUAUACCUUUAUACAUACUCCUUCAGAAAGCAUUAAAGGUGGCGCUUUGUUAUACAUUUCUGAUAAGCUCUCCUGUUCUAGUCGCCCUGACCUUGAUCAACUAUGUUAUAUAAGUCACCAACUUGAAUCAGUAUUUGUUGAAGUUAUUCAUCCUAAAGGUAAAAAUUAUAUCAUAGGUUGCAUCUACAAACAUCCUCAUAUGGACCUACAUGACUUUAAUAUGAACCAUCUUACUCCUAUAUUAAGCAAAACCACCUCUGAGAACAAAAACAUUUUUUUAAUGGGAGACUUUAAUGCAAAUCUAUUACUCUCUGAUUCCAACCCUGAUAUUUCUGAUUUUUUAGACUCUAUAUUUUCGUUUUCUUUAGCUCCUUCUAUACUUCUUCCAACAAGAAUUACAGAAAAUACUAGUACUUUAAUUGACAAUAUUUUUCAUGACCCUUUUGAACUAAACUGCAAGUCUGGUAACAUCAUAUCGUCAAUAUCUGACCAUUUCCCACAGUUUCUUAUAAUAAACAAACAACACGUCUUGCCACCUCCUCCCACAAAAAGAUCUCCUAUUCCAGACUGGAAUAAAUUUAACCAAGAAUUAUUUUCUCAAAAAAUAUCUGCCAUUGACUGGAAUGAACUUCUUUGCUUAAAUGAACUUGACCCAUCUAAAUCUUUUGAUAUUUUUCAUACCUUUGUCAAUAACUGUAUAAAUGAAUGUGUUCCUCUCAAAAAAUCUUUUACUAGAAAUAACACAAACUCUCAUAAAGAAUGGAUCACUACUGGCAUACUCACCUCUAUACGCAAACGUGACGCUUUACAUAAACAAUUCAUUAAAGAAAAAGAUCCAUUCAUAAAAUCUCUACUGCACACAUCCUUUAAAAAAUACAGAAACAAACUUGUCACUCUAUGUAGAAUAAGUAAAAGUAACUUCUACAAACAAUUUUUCAUCAAAAAUAAAAAUAAUUCAAAAGCUAUCUGGGAUGGUGUUCGUUCCAUCAUUUCACUCCGGUCUGCCAAAUCUCCUACUCCUUCUUGUUUAAACAUUAACAAUAAUCUCACUACAGACCCAUUAACCAUAUCUAAUUCAUUCAACAGUUACUUCAGCUCAAUUGCAGAUAAUUUAAGGAAAUCGAUUCCACCAAGCUUUAAACACUUUUCUUCGUAUCUAAAAAACCCAACAGCUAAUUCAAUAUUUUUUCGCCCAACUAAUGAUUUAGAAGUCCUUGAUUGUAUUUCUCUCUUUGAUAAAAAAAAAUCAACAGGUCCUUUCAGCAUUCCGUACCAAGUCCUUCUUCCUACUAAAAAACUCCUCGCAGUUCCCAUUACUAAAUUAAUCAAUCUUUCCUUUUCAACUGGUAUUUAUCCAUCUUCUCUUAAAAUUGCAAAAGUUAUCCCUGUUUACAAAAAAGGCUCAAAUAUCAGUUUGGCUUCAGAAAAAAAAUUUUCUACCUCACACGCCUUACUAAACAUUACUCAAAAGAUUAUGGAAGCUAUUGACAAUGGUCUUCUUGUUUGUGGUGUCUUCAUUGACCUACAAAAAGCUUUCGACACUGUUGACCAUGAAAUUUUAAUUAAAAAACUUUAUCACUAUGGUAUUCGUGGGGUUCCUUUAUCUUUGCUGCGCUCUUUCCUAACCAACAGAGAACAAUUUGUGUUUAUCAAUAAUUCGUCAUCUUCACAUAAACCUAUUCGUCAUGGUGUUCCUCAGGGCUCUGUUCUUGGUCCACUUUUAUUUCUACUCUAUAUUAAUGAUCUUCAUAUUAAUUGUCCGGGUUCCUCAGUAAAAACACAUCAUAAUAGUAGAGAACAUUGUAUUAUGAAAUAA